CAGCAGGAGUGGCCACACCAUCAGUGGAAUGGUUUCCCUGGGAUUCGAAGCUGGGUCCAGCAGAAGUCUGGACGUCCAGACAGGCUCUACAGGACUUAUAUCAGAAAAUGCUAGUGACCGAUUUGGAAUAUGCUUUAGAUAAAAAAGUGGAGCAGGACCUUUGGAAUCAUGCCUUUAAAAAUCAAAUCACGACGCUACAGGGUCAGGCGAAAAAUAGAGCAAAUCCAAAUCGGAGUGAAGUUCAGGCGAACCUUUCUCUGUUCUUAGAGGCAGCUAGUGGCUUCUACACACAGUUAUUACAGGAAUUGUGCACAGUUUUUAACGUAGACUUGCCGUGCCGCGUAAAGUCUUCCCAGCUGGGAAUCAUUAGCAAUAAACAGACGCACACCAGCGCCAUAGUGAAGCCGCAAUCUAGCUCCUGCUCUUACAUCUGCCAGCACUGCCUUGUCCACCUUGGAGAUAUUGCUCGCUAUAGGAAUCAGACCAGCCAGGCAGAGUCUUACUACAGACAUGCAGCUCAGCUUGUCCCUUCUAAUGGUCAGCCUUAUAAUCAGUUGGCUAUUCUAGCUUCCUCCAAAGGAGACCACUUGACCACAAUUUUCUACUACUGCAGAAGCAUUGCUGUGAAGUUUCCUUUCCCAGCUGCCUCCACUAACCUACAAAAAGCACUUUCUAAAGCACUGGAAAGUCGUGAUGAGGUGAAGACUCGAUGGAGCGUGUCUGACUUCAUCAAGGCAUUUAUUAAAUUCCAUGGCCAUGUGUACCUGAGUAAGAGCUUGGAGAAGCUGAGCCCUCUUCGAGAAAAGCUGGAAGAACAGUUCAAGAGGUUGUUAUUCCAAAAAGCCUUCAAUUCUCAGCAGUUGGUCCAUAUUACUGUGAUCAAUCUGUUUCAACUGCAUCACCUGCGAGACUUCAGCAAUGAAACGGAGCAGCACAGCUACAGCCAGGACGAGCAGCUCUGCUGGACACAGUUACUGGCUCUCUUCAUGUCCUUUCUUGGAGUUCUGUGCAAGUGUCCUUUACAAAACGACUACCAGGAGGACUCUGGAGCUGCGUAUCCUCUUCCAGCUGUGAAGGUUUCAAUGGACUGGCUGAAACUUAGGCCCAGUGUUUUCCAGGAGGCAGUGGUUGAUGAAAGACGCAUAUGGCCCUGGCUGAUUUCUCUUCUAAACAGCUUCCAGCCUCAUGAAGAAGAUCUGUCCAGUAAUAAUGCAACCCCACUUCCAGAAGAAUUUGAGCUGCAAGGAUUCCUGGCUCUGAGGCCCUCGUUCAGGAACUUGGAUUUUUCCAAAGGCCACCAGGCAAUUACAGGAGAUAAGGAAGGGCAACAACGUCGGAUACGGCAGCAGCGUCUGAUCUUCACAGGCAAAUGGAUUGCUGAUAACCAGCCGAGGUUGAUUCAGUGUGAAAAUGAGGUAGGCAAGCUGUUGUUUUUGACGGAAAUCCCAGAAUUACUACUAGAAGACCCAAGUGAAGCCAAAGAGAGUCUCGCCUUGCAGGAAACAUCUAUUGCAGAGCCGCUAUCUACAGAUGGGAGCCCUGGACUCAAAUCAGUUCUGUCCUCUGGCAGAAGCCUAAACAACAACUGUGACGCAGGAGAAAAACCAAUGGUCACGUUCAAAGAGAACAUCAAGCCACGGGAAAUGAACCGAGAGCAAGGGCGAAUCUAUCCCCCUAAAGAUAUAGGUAGGGCAAGACGGGACUAUAGCAAAGGAAUAGUAGCCAAUAAGAAUGAUGGAAAGAAGGAUAACAAUAAGAGGAAGAACGAGACCAAGAAAUGCGGCUUGGAUAAGAUGCAGGAAGCAGGAAAGCAGAACGUGGCAGUUCAGGUGAAAUCUCAGACGGAGAUGAGGAAGACUCCAGUGUCUGAAGCCAGGAAAACACCUGUAACUCAGACUCCAAGUCAGGCCAGCAGUUCUCAGUUCAUCCCCAUUCAUCACCCAGGAGCCUUCCCUCCCCUUCCUAGCCGGCCAGGGUUUCCACCUCCAACCUACGUCGUCCCCCCUCCUGUGGCUUUCUCCAUGAGCACAGGGUACACCUUCCCAGGUGGUGUUUCUGUCCCAGGAACCUUCCUCCAGCCCACAGCUCACUCACCUGCGGGAAACCAGGUGCAAGGUGGGAAACAGUCCCACAUUCCUUACAGCCAGCAACGGCCCUCCGGACCAGGGCCGAUGACCCAGGGACCUCAGCAAACGCCACCUCCUUCCCAGCAACCCCUCUCAUCCUUACCAGCUCAGGCAACAGCACAGUCUGCGAGCCAGUUACAGGUCCAAGCUCUGGCCCAGCAACAGCAGCAACAGUCCCCUACGAAAGCUGUGCAGGGCCUGGGGAAGAGCCCACCACACCACUCCGGAUUCCAGCAGUAUCCGCAGACAGACUCGUCAAAGCAGCUCUGGAACCCACCUCAAGUCCAAGGCUCGCUGGGGAAGAUCAUGCCCGUAAAGCAGUCCUAUUACCUGCAGGCCCAGGACCAUCUAAAAUUAUUUGAACAGUCAUUACAGCCUCCCGUGAUGCAACAGCAACCUCUGGAGAAAAAAAUGAAGCCUUUCCCAAUGGAGCCAUAUAACCAGAACCCCUCAGAAGUCAAAGUGCCAGAAUAUUACUGGGACUCUUCCUAUGGCAUGGCUGACAGUAGGGUGAUGGCACAGCCGUCUAACAUGGACCGCAGGGGAAAACGGCAAGGAGUCUUCCGCCCAGAGCAGGAUGCUGUCUCCAGGAUGACCUUUGAGGUAAAGAUCCAUGUUAGAAGUGGUGAAAACCAGUGA